AUGCCAUUAGAUCUGUCAUCUGACUGCGAAUGUCCUAACUGUUUAGAGGGUGCUCAGGAUGAGUCUGAUUGGGAUCCGUCUUCCAAGAAGAGUGGCAACGGCUCUUUAUAUUCAAGAUCAAGAAAGAAAUCUGUGCCUUCUUUCAGCGAACAGUGCUUUACUUCUCAGUGUUGUUCCACCAGGCCGGAGAGUGAUAAUAAAGAAGACGUAAUGUUUCUUUCCUCAGAGGAGGAAAGCUGUGUAGGGUCUUCUCAGAACAAUCAUCUCAGUCUGAGCCCUGAGGAUAUCAGAAGGAAAAUCCGACCAUUGCGAGAGCUGACUAUCCAAGAGUUACUGAGGGAGUUUGGAGAUAGUGGAAAGUUUCAACCCAGCUCCAUGUCCGUGGGCCACUUCAGAGAUCAGGUGGUUAUGAAGUUCAGAAGAGCUCUGUAUUAUUCUGGAAUCUGGGUGACACAUGUCCAAGGCUACAGACUUAAAAAACACUUUUCAGCUAAUUAUUUCAAAAGAAAUCCCGACUGCCUUCACCGGCUGGUUCCCUGGCUGAAACGGGAACUGACAGUUGUCUAUGGAGAUUAUGGCUACACAGUGAAGAAUAUCCUAGCCACCAUCCUCCAACACAUGACAGAAUAUGAUUUGGACAGUGAGUCCUUCAUUCACCUCCUGGAACCUUAUCUCCUACAACACACCCACCAUUUCCUGCAUGAAUUUAUGAGUUUUGUCCAUUCACCUUACAACAUGGAGACCUAUGACCAGAGAGCCAUCUACCAGUGUCCGACUGCUUCAUCGUGGGGAAAGAAGUCCAUUGUAUCAGCUCCUGUUUUGUCUUUGCCUAAGGAUCAUGCUCUACUGAGAUCUCAACACGAUACUGAGCAGUUUGAAAACACCCAGGAUCAAUGGGAUAAUGAGGAGAUGCCUCUGUCAGGCUUGAAACAGUUUCCAGAAAGUAACUCUUCCUCAAAGAAAUCCAAAAUCCCACCAGCCCAUCAUAAAACAGCAACCAAAAUCCAUGUUGGGAUCAAAGACAGACCAGAAUCAGGUGAUCACAAAGGCACAAUUUCUACUAAUAAUAUGCUCCAGAAUUGGGCCACUCCAAGGGAAAAGGGAUCAGGUUUACUAAACAGCAAAAAAAAAGUUCAAGAGAAAGAGACAGAAGGGAUAAAGUUGCUUCCUGAUCACAUCCAGGAUCUGAGAAAGAGUGGAACAAUGGCACGUGCCUUCAGUACCCCAGCAAUUUCGAAUUUGGUCCAACCAUGGAACUACAAUCUAAGAGAAAGAAGGGUCUUGAGCCUUGGCCAGCAGACAAAUUUCCAGAAAAAAGUAGAGAAAAACAAAUAUUCAGAUUCUUCAUCAAAGAUCUUUCAAAAAUUGCCCAGAGAAAGUUCCUUGAUAAGUUGGAAAUCCAGAAAGAGAGAACCUUCUCGGAGUUGCAUUUCAGAAUAUACUCUUUCUCCUAAGAGAGAUGGCAGGAAGCUGUGUUCUUUCAGAAAAAAGAGGAUGAAGUGCAAACAGUCCUCCCAAUUUGUAGAAGUUGGUUCACACACCAGUAGAAGAAUCCAAAGACGAUCAAGGUCCAUUACUCACAGAUCCAAAUCCUGGUGUGUUGGACAUAGAAAGAGAUCUGUAAGCAGAGAAUCAAGCAAUCUCUCUCUGAGAGGAAGUCACAGAAAUGAACACUUCACCCAUAAUAUAUUCUGUGAGCCCUCAAGAGAAAACAAUGUGCAUGGCAAUCAAUCAGACUACUUGAGGGCUUCUUCAACCACAGUCCAAAAAACAAAGCUUUCUUCAGCUACUUUGAAGUGUCCCUCUAAAAGUGAAGGUGUUUCCCAAGCUGGAAGCAUUUGUUACAGUCCCACAUUCUUACAGACUGAGACUGUUACAGUCCCACAUGCUUACAGACUGAGAAACACAGAUCCCCAAGUAAACAGGAGAUGA